AUGAUUUUCUAUCAAGUGAGUGUUGCCAAAGCCAAUAUGGGAACAGAAUUUCUUAGGCGUUUGAGAGAGGGGAAUCCAGAAAUGAAACUCUUUGCUGAAACCUUGCAUUUUCACAUCGAGGGAAGGAGCAGAAGCAACAGCAGCUCCCUGUUUUGUUUGGGGCUGAGCAGCAGAGCAAACAGCUGCUUCCAGGAAAGAAUAAAGAAAGAACUGGAAGUUGUUGAUAAAGAUACUUGUUUUGACCUGGUACUUUUUAAAACCAUGUUUAAAAACUGUUGUGUUGCUCAGUGCUACCAGGAUUUUUUAGGAAUACUGACGCAUGAAUAUCAUGAUGGCAAAAACUGUGAAUAUGCACCUGACUGGAGGCUUCAGUCCAGCCACGAACCUGCUCUGUUUUUCUUCGGCUCCUCCCCUUUCCAUAAAAGCAUGUCUAAAAAAUUGGAAUACAUACCGGGAGAAAGGGAAAAGGAAAUGAGUCCAAGCCAGUUUUUGCACCCAAGAUGGAGGACUGUGACACCGAUUGGACAGCCUCUUCCAGGGACUAGAUUUAUUGCUUUCAAAGUGCCUUUAAAAGGGGCAAUUAAUCAGAGGCUUACUCCAACCCAGAAAUUUACACCAAAGGAUCUGAUCACUGCAGUCAAAGCACUAAAUGUGGAGCUUGGAUUAAUUAUUGAUUUAACGUACACCACUCGAUACUAUGAAGUAAAGGAUUUACCCAAGAGUAUACAUUAUAAAAAACUUUACACUGUUGGACUGGAAGUUCCUGACAAUGGCACUAUUCUGCAGUUCAAAAAAUGGGUCAGAAAGUUCCUCUGGGAAAAUGCAGAAAAUGAAAAACUCAUUGGCGUUCACUGUACUAAUGGAAUUAACCGAACAGGUUAUCUUAUAUGCAGAUACCUUAUCGAUGUCGAAGGCUGGGAUCCAAAUACAGCAAUUCAAGUGUUUGGUGAGGCCCGGGGUCAUCGAAUAGAUGGAUGUGUAUACCUAAAGGAUCUAAAAACUCAGCCAAUGAGAAGUAAUCUUGGCAUGGACGUGUGGGAUUCUGAUGAAGAUGUUCCACCGCCAGCUAUGGAAGGAUCCAGGGAUUGGCCCCCAAAUGAAGAUCCACCUGGGCCCAGGAAGAGGUUAAGGCUUAAUGAGGAUCAGCAUCAUCCUGAUCAUCAUGAUUUGCCGUUAAAAGAUUUUGAUUAUAUCAACAAGGAAACUGAACAACGGUGCAGACCUUAUUAUGAAUAUGAGGAAUUGCAAGAAGAAGAGAGACAGCAAAGUGACUGGGAUUUUGAAAAUGAGGAGCCUGGACCAAGAAAUCGACUGUUUACCGAUCAUCAGCGUUAUGAUGAUUUCCGGGAAGAGAUGGAAUUGAAAGACCUGGAUUUCAAUAGCGAGGAGACUGGGUUAAGACCGAGACCCUUUCACGAUCAGCGGACUCACGACGACUUCCAGGAACGGAUCCCUGGGGAUGAUUUUAAUUUUGUUACCAAAGGCCGGGGGCAGAGGGUGAGACCUGUUCAUGACCGUCAGGCCUAUGGUGACUUCAAAGAGCGACUGCCUGGGAAAGACUGUGAUUUUGUCAACAGCGGCCAGGGACCGAACCGCAGGCCUUUCCAUGACCGGCAUUCCCAUGGGGAUUCUCUUGACCAGUUGCCAGGGAAAGAUUUUGAGUUUUAUCAUCGAGGCAGUGGACGAGGCCGAAGACCAUUCCACCACGAUCCCCAUUCUCACCCCGAAAUGCGGGCAAAGGUGCACUUGGGGGAUGGCGAUUAUCCUGUUGAGAGACUGGGGCAAAAACCCAGACCGUUUCAUAGUCACCCAUCUGAUGAGCAUUUCCAGGAGAAAAUGCCCCGGAAAGACUUUGAUUUUGUUAACCGCAGCCGGGGACAAAGACCACCACCUUUUCAUGGCUGCCAGUCACACAGAGAGUAUCCAAAACAAAUGCACUUACGAGAUUUUGAUUUCCAUCAGGGAACAGUGCAGAGGCGAAGGUCUUACCCCGACUGGGAUCAUUCCUCUUAUGAAGAGUCUUCACAAGACUAUAUGCCUUUGGAAGACUUUGAUUUUAUUCACGAAGCACCCAGAUCGAGACAGAGAUCUUUUCAUGACCACUCUCCCCAAGAUGACCUCGCCCCGCAGUGGUCUUUGGAUAGAAAUUCUGGACCUGGAAAUGGCAGUGGCAGAAGCCAUAGGACCAUCUGCCCUGAGGACGGUAGACGCACACGUCCUACCAGCGAGUUUAACAGGGGAGGACCAACCCGAUUCGCACCGUAUCCUUCACGAACGUUUCCCUCUUCAUCCGUAGCCGAAGAAGACAGCUCGGGGGAUUACAGCAGAGGUGAAAAUGCAGGAGCUGGGGAAUACAAAAGAUCGUCCGUUUUGACGAUCGACUACGAUUACGGUUCGCCUCUAGAUUGCAGGCCCGAGGAGGAUGACAGGGAGCUCUACGAUCUACCCUUGAGAGAUCACUGCGACUGGAGCUGAGAAGUUAGUCGGGAACCCUCCGGUUUAGCCCGUAGUUCUUCCUUUCGGCUAAGGACCAAAAUUUGUUCCUGUUGAGAGAAAUUCAGGUCGUCGAAGGAGCUCUUGUGGUACUGUCAGAUUAACCUCUCUCGGUAGGUGAGAUUCUCUGAAUUUACUGCAGCUGUAUAUGUAUAUUCGUAAAUACGUCAAAGGGAAGGUUCUCGAAAUGGAGAAUUCCGAAUAGGGUUUUUUUUUUUUGAAAAUUGAUUUAGACUACAGUUCUGUUUUCAUAAGAAACUGCAUUUUUUUAGUGCAAAACUUGCAAUAAAAAUCAUCGAAAUUGCCCAUC